AUGGAUAAGUUUGUCACCAGGUUAAAACGUGGACAACCAAGCACUAGUUCUACUAUUCCACCUGUUGCUUCAUCCAUACCUUCGGAAGUUCAAAGGGAUACAAAUCCUUCAAAUAUCAAUUUCAAUUAUAUGAAAGCAGUCCCGGCAAACAGAAGGCCUACUGCAGAAUAUGACCCUAAUAUACGUGAUGAAGUUAGAAGAUAUUAUAUUCAAAAAGGACCUUGUCAGCCUAUGAAUCAUGAUUUUCCUAAAACUCAGUUUGGGAAGAAAAAGAAAACAAUGCGUCAGUUUCAUCCUGGUUGGUUCAAAGGUCGACAUUCCAAGUGGUUAGAGUACAGUAUAUCAAAAGAUGCUGCUUAUUGUUUGUGUUGCUAUUUGUUUAAAAAUGAGCAUGAUGUCGUGGAAAUAUGGGAGAUGCUUUUACGAAAAAGGCGUAACGAGAAAGACAAAAAUGAAUCUCGACAUCGCUUGGGUGCUUCAAUUGAAGUGGCAAGGUUUCUCUUAAGAUUAGGAUUGCCGUUUCGUGGUCAUGAUGAGAGCACAUCAUCUACAAAUAGAGGUAUAUUUCUUGAACUUUUGCAAUGGUAUGGAGCCAUGGAUCAGGAAGUUGGAAGCAUUAUAUUACAAAAUGCUCCAAAAAAUGAAAUGAUGUGUUGUCCAAAAAUUCAAAAAGAUAUUGUUGAUGCUUGUGCAAAAGAAACAAUCAAAGCUAUUAUUGAAGACUUGGAUGGUGAUUAUUUCGGAAUACUGGUUGAUGAAUCGAAGGAUAUAUCACACAAGGAGCAAAUGGCACUUGUUCUACGAUAUGUUGACAAAAAAGGUGAAGUGAUAGAGCGAUUUGUUGGUAUUGUCCAUGUUAAUGAUACAUCUGCACGAUCAAUGAAGGAAACAAUCUAUUCUUUUCUUUCGGAUCACUCAUUAAGUCCAUCCCAAAUACGUGGACAAGGUUAUGAUGGUGCUAGUAACAUGCAAGGAGAACUAAAUGGUCUUAAAAGUUUAAUUUUGCGUGAUACUCCAUCUGCAUAUUCCACUCAUUGUUUUGCUCACCAAUUGCAGUUGACACUUGUGGCUCUUGUGAAGAAAAAUUCAGAUGUGGAUGAUUUUUUAUGUAUAGUUACUAAUGUAUUGAAUAUUGUUGGAGCAUCUUAUAAGCGCAGGGAUUUGCUUAGACAACAUCAAGCUGCAAAGUUAGAAGAGUUGCUCAUUUCUGGUGAAGUGCACACAGGACAAGGACUAAAUCAAGAACGUGGGCUUCAACGACCAGGUGACACUCGUUGGGGUUCUCAUUAUAAAACUUUACAGAACUUCAUUGAUAUAUUUCCAUCAAUUCUUUAUGUUCUUGAAUUUGCUGCAUGUGAGUGUCCAAAUUAUAUCGAUAGACUUACAGCUGAAAGUCUUGUGGAUAAGAUUAAGGGGUUUGAUUUUGUUUUUAUGUUGUACUUGAUGUUGGAAGUUCUGAAGAAGACAAAUUAUUUGAACUGCUCGUUACAGAAAAUGGAUCAAGAUAUUGUCAAUGCUAUGGGGCUGCUCAAUACUGCAAAGCAAGAAUUGCAAAUGAUGAGGGAUAGGGGAUGGAAAUCAUUACUGGAUGAUGCCCUUUCUUUUUGUAAUAAGCAUGAGAUAUUUAUUCCGAAGAUGGAUGCUAACUACAUUCCUGGGAAGUCGAAACGUAGAGCUCUUGAUGUUACAUAUUCUCAUCAUUUUCGUGUAGGAAUUUUUUAUCCUGUUAUUGAUUUGCUGCUUCAGGAGCUUAAUAAUCGUUUCGACACUGUUAGUACUGAUUUACUUCUUGGUAUGGCUUGUUUACAUCCAGCUAAGUCAUUUGGUAAUUUUGAUAAGAAAAAAGUAAUGAGGUUGGCUGGAUAUUAUCCGAAUGAGUUUGAUAGCAACAAGCUUCGAGAUCUCAGUUGCCAGCUUGAUAAUUUCAUAGGGUAUGUUCGAGGUUCUGAUAAGAGAUUUUUCAAUAUGAAAGGGAUUACUGAUCUUGCUAAAGUAUUGGUUCAAUCAGAAUUGCACCAGACCUGGCCACUUGUUUAUUUGCUUAUCAAGUUGACUCUUAUUCUUCCUGUUGCUACUGCUUCUGUGGAACGAGCUUUCUCAUCGAUGAAGUACAUCAAAAAUGAACUCCGCAACAGUAUGAGUGAUGAAUUUUUAAAUGGUUGUUUAGUCUGCUAUGUAGAGCGUGAGAUAUUUGCAACUAUAAGUAAUGAUGCUAUUAUUCAUCAUUUUCAGAAAAUGAAAAGUCGUCGAGCGCAGUUGUGA